AUUCAUUUUUUCUUUUCCUUUUUCUUUUACAUAAUAUUAUUAUUAUUUUUUUUACUACGUUAUAGUAGUUAGUUCCAUUUCUUCAUCUUCCUUAACACUCUCCCACGCUUCUCUCAAUCCUCUUUGCCCUAGAUCCAUGCUUUCUUUCUUCAACCUCUUCAUCUUUUUUCAACUUCCUAUUUUACCCCUUUCUCUUUAACCUACAUAUACAACUCACACAACCUUCAAAUUCUCAUUUUCACCUGGUUUUUCAAGAGGAUCUGGUUGUUGUAAAGCUGUAAAUUACAAGUCUUUGCUAUAUUCUGCAUUAGUUUUUCACUUGUGAAAUUGUUGUACUGUGCAAUUAACUCUCAUUUCUAGUUUGUUUUUUGGUUUAACUGGGUAGAGUAUAAAUUAAUGUUUUUUUUUAGAUUUAUGUGGUUUGAUUUGUUGAACUUGAGUCUUUUGUAGCUGGUUAGGUUUAUGUAUUUUAUUGAGUUUUUUUAGGGUUUUGUCUUGUGUUUAGUGAUUUGUGACCAAAUUUUAGAUGAGAUGAGAUUGUGGAUACUAUUGUAUUUGUAGCUAACAUUGUGUACUUUCUCAUAAAAAAAUAGUUUACUUUUAUAUUUGGGUGAUAUUUAAAGAAGGGUUAUUGCUUAAUUUGGUUGUUAUUUAUAGUUGUGAGUACUAAUGAAGAGUAUAAUAGGAUAGGAUAUUGGGAAUGCUAUUGAGGGGUUGGAAUUGAUAUUAGAGUUUGGUUUUGUGGGAAAGGGUGAUUUUUGGGGAUAAUGGGCUGCAUGUGUUGCAAGCCUUCUGCAAUUGAGGAUAGUAAUGAGAGUCCGAGGGAGCGUUUGUCGAACAAAGCUGUUGUUGAAUCGCGUGUGUCUAGUAGAGGGACUUCCUCGAGGAGGGAGGAAGUGUAUAGGGUGAAGGAUAGAGGUGAUAGUAACAAUGAUGCAAGGACGGCAUUGAUUGAUAAGCAAGGACAAGGGAAUGGGUCGGUUAGAGUUCAUGGUGAUAAUUUUGAAAGGAAGAGGGAGAAAAUGGAGUAUGUUGUUGCUGCUCAACAUCCAGGGAUUGGUACUGUUCCGAAAGCUAUGGAAGGGGAACAUGUUGCGGCUGGAUGGCCGUCAUGGCUGGCUGCUGUUGCCGGUGAAGCAAUCAAGGGAUGGCUGCCACGACGUGCAGAUUCUUUUGAGAAAUUAGAUAAAAUUGGUCAGGGAACUUAUAGUAAUGUUUAUAGAGCCCGUGAUCUUGAACAAAGGAAGAUUGUUGCUUUGAAAAAAGUGAGGUUUGAUAAUCUUGAGCCCGAGAGUGUUCGCUUCAUGGCAAGGGAAAUUCACAUUCUACGUAGGCUUGAUCAUCCAAAUGUCAUUAAGCUGGAAGGCUUGGUCACAUCAAGGAUGUCGUGCAGUUUAUACCUUGUGUUUGAGUACAUGGAGCAUGACUUGGCUGGGCUUGCAUCACAUCCUGGACUCAAGUUUACAGAAUCACAGGUUAAAUGUUACAUGCAGCAACUUUUACGUGGUCUUGAUCACUGCCACAGCCGUGGUGUGCUGCACCGUGACAUUAAGGGUUCCAAUCUCUUGAUUGACAACAAUGGAGUAUUGAAAAUUGCAGACUUUGGUUUGGCGAGCUUUUUUGAUCCCAAUCUAAAUCAGCCACUCACAAGCCGAGUUGUAACUCUUUGGUAUAGGCCACCUGAGCUUUUACUUGGAGCUACUUACUAUGCCACUGCUGUAGAUUUAUGGAGUACAGGUUGCAUACUUGCCGAGCUGUAUGCUGGCAAGCCUAUAAUGCCUGGUAGAACUGAGGUGGAGCAAUUACAUAAAAUUUUUAAACUUUGUGGUUCGCCUUCCGAGGACUAUUGGAGAAAAUCAAAAUUGCCUCAUGCAACAAUAUUUAAGCCUCAACAACCCUACAGGCGUUGUGUUGCUGAAACAUUCAAGGACUUUCCGGCACCUGCAAUAGAACUGAUAGAGACACUCUUGUCCAUAGACCCUGCUGAUCGUGGAACUUCAGCAUCUGCUUUGAUGAGUGAGUUCUUCUCAAUAAAGCCUCUACCAUGUGAUCCUUCAAGCCUGCCAAAGUAUCCUCCUAGCAAAGAAUUUGAUGCUAAAGUACGGGAUGAAGAAGCUAGACGACAAGGGGCAACAGGAAGCAAAGGCCAGAGACAUGAUCCUGAGAGAAGAGGUGUAAGAGAAUCUCGGGCUGUACCUGCACCCGAUGCCAAUGCUGAACUAGUGGUGUCAAUGCAGAAGAGACAAGGUCAGAACUAUUCUCAAAGUAGGAGUGAGAAGUUUAACCCUCAUCCUGAAGAAGCUGCUUCUGGAUUUCCUAUUGAACCCCCUAGACCAUCACAAGUUGCAGAAGCAAGUGUUGAUCCCCAAGCAAAUCAACAUAAAAGAGCCUCACAUUCAGGUCCACUUACUCACCGUGCUGCUUGGGCGAAAGCUGGGAAGAACCAGGAUGAUGCUCCAAAGAUUUCAGUGGGCGGCGACUUAUCUACAAUCUCGGGCUUAGUUGCAGCCAGGAGGAGUAUGCUGUCUGACGAUCGUAGAGAAAGUUCUGGAUCAUCACAAGUGGAGGCUCCAAAACUAAUUACUAGGUUCCCAGGUUCCUUCAAAGAGGCCUCUGAAUCAUUGAUGCAACAAAAUCAAAAUCAGAAGCAUCAUGUACAUGCUUCACAAAAGGAAGAAGCAAAAGGCAACAACAAAGACCCAAAUGUUGCUGGUUAUGGUUCAAAAGGUUAUAAAAUUCAUUAUUCUGGUCCAUUGCUAGUUCCAUCAAGCAACAUGGACCAGAUGUUGAAAGACCACGACCGCCAAAUUCAAGAAGCGGUCAGAAGAGCACGUCUAGACAAGGCAAAAAUGCGAAGACUCCAAGCUGAAGGGAACCAGAUAAGCAAUUCAUUAUUUGUUUCCGGCCGUUGAGUUGUAGAAUUAGAUGCAGCAAAAAAGCAUCUUCAUUAAGAUUAAGAAUACAUUUUUAUUUUUUCCCUUUUUCCUUGUAAUUAUUCCUUCAGAUCAAUGUCCCCCUUGGCCAUAUGUUAGGUAACUCCAUAGCUCAUCAGAUCUAUUUUAUCUCCACUUACAGAUGCAAUUUGUAUGGCCUCUUGUAAAGCUUUUAACAACCUUGAGCUUAAGAAUAUUGGGGGACAAUGUCUUCCUUAUGUUUAACUUAUGAUAAAAGUAAUUAAUCAUUAUUGGGAAGGUGACUAA